UGCCAUCUACAUGCUCAUCGACAACAUGUCGACGCCGGAAGCCAAGAACCUCUCGACGCCGUCGCCGGACCUCUCGUUCUCGGGUGUCACGGCCGUCUUUGGCAACCUCGCGCUUGCGUACGGCGCCGGUGUCGUCAUUCCUGCGCUCCAGCGCGAGCACAGCGACCCGACGCGCAUGCCGCGUGUGAUUGUCGUGACGCUCGUCUCGAUCUCGGUGCUCUUCAUGGUGCUCGCCAUCACGGGUGUGUCGGUGGUCGGCUGCCAGAUUCCGGGCAACCUCCUUUUUGCCGUCAACGGCGACAAGCUCGGCUUCAAGGCGUCGCGCGGCGGUGUCAUCCUCGCCUUCCUCUUCAUGCAGCUCCACAUCACGAUCGCGUUCUCGUUGAUUCUGUACCCGGCGCUCUUCAUCAUGGAGCGCAUCAUCCUCGGCAUGCACAAGUCGGCGUUUGUGCUUGCAGAUGUCGUCGACGAAGAAGCCAAGGAGUCUGCCUUUGCCGUCACCGAGACCCCGAACGAGGCUACCAACGCUGACCUUGCCAAGGUGCACGAUGCGACGGCCGAGCACGACUCGGGCAGUGCCGCCGCCUACAACGCGCCGGGCGCGUACCUCAAGGUGUGCAUCUUGCGCACGGUGGUCGUCGCCAUCAUGGUGGUCGUGGCGCUUCUGUGGAAGGACAACUUUACGGACCUCGUCGACUUUGUCGGUGCGUCGUCGACGUCGACGAGCUGCAUGAUUCUGCCGAUCGUCUUUUACCUCAAGACGUUCCACGCGACGCUGUCCAAGCCCGAGAAGGCAUUUGCGAUCCUCUGCGUCCUCGUGACCACGUGCCUCGCUGUCUACGUGUCGUACACGACGGGCAAGCACCUCUUUGCGCCCGGCCAGGCCAACCCCGCGAUCAAGUUCCCGUACUGCCCGGCCGAGUACCAGCAAAUGGUCUACACCAACACGACGUUCUACAGCGGCAAGAAGCUCUAGACUCCAAUGUUGUCUCCUGUGCAAGUAAAAAGAAAUGUAAUGUGUGUCUCUUCAAACCCA